CUGCAUGUCGCUCAGACGUUCAGUCGGUCAGUCAGUCAGUGGCCCCGGUCUGCUGCGCCUGCGUCCGCCUCCCGCUGCUCUCCAAAGCCGAGACGCGCCACCGCCGCCGACAGUGCGGGCAUGACAGACUGGCAGCAGUAGUGGGCUCCCGUCAGCCGGCUUUUCAAACAGAUCACCAAGAAACAACAAAAAACCGGGAGAGGAGAGGAGGAUAAAUACGAGUAGGGGAGAGUGAAGUGACUCAUUCCCACCGCUGCCGUGCGUCGAGAAGAACAGAUGCGCCAAUGGCAGGGGCACAGCCUGGAGUUCACGCGCUGCAGCUCAAGCCGGUGUCCGUGCCCGAGAGCCUGGGAAAGGGCAACAAAUUUAUGAAAUGGGACGAUGAUUCUACGGCUGUGACCCCGGUGACUCUAACAGUUGACCCCAAAGGUUACUUCCUGUAUUGGACUGACCAGAACAAGGACACGGACCUACUGGAUAUAGCGUACAUAAAAGAUGCCAGAAAUGGAAAGUGUACCAAAACGCCAAAGGAAGCCAAGCUGCGGGAGCUACUCGAUGUCAGCACCCUGGCGGGGAAGAUGGAGAACAGGAUGCUGACAGUGGUGAGUGGCCCUGACAUGGUCAACAUCACCUACCUGAACUUCAUGGCGUUCCAAGAGGAGACAGCUAAGGAAUGGGCAGAAGAGCUGUUCAACCUGGCAUCUAACCUCAUGGUACAGAACAUGUCCAGGGAGGCUUGCCUUGAGAAAGCGUACACGCGGCUGAAGCUGCAGCUCAACCCUGAGGGGCGAAUCCCCGUCAAGAAUAUCUUCAGGAUGUUCUCAGCAGACAGGAAGCGAGUGGAGACAGCCCUGGAAAACUGUAACCUCCCUUCUGGCAGAAGUGACACCAUCCCCCAAGAAGACUUCACCCAAGAGGUGUAUAACAUGUUCCUGAGCAACAUCUGCUCCCGACCUGAGCUGGACCACAUCUUCUCUGAUGUGGGGGCUAAGACCCGUCCAUACCUCUCGGUGGAGCAAAUGACGGAGUUCAUUAACAUUAAACAGCGAGACCCUCGACUGAAUGAGAUUCUCUACCCUCCUCUCAAACCAGAACAGGUCCAGCUGCUGGUGGACAAAUAUGAACCGAAUGCUUCGUUGGCACAGAAAGGUCAGAUCUCGGUGGAGGGAUUCGCCAGGUAUCUGAACGGGGAGGAGAACAGCAUCAUCCCCCCUGAGAAGCUCGACCAGAGUGAAGACAUGACCUUUCCCCUCUCCCACUACUUCAUCAACUCGUCACACAACACAUACCUCACAGCCGGCCAACUUGCAGGGAACUCUUCAGUUGAGAUGUACAAGCAGGUUCUCCUGUCUGGGUGCCGCUGCAUUGAACUAGACUGCUGGAAGGGUCGCACCACCGAGGAAGAGCCCGUCAUCACUCACGGCUUCACCAUGACAACUGAAAUCUCCUUCAAGGAGGUGAUCGAGGCUAUUGCGGAGUGCGCCUUCAAGACCUCGCCCUUCCCCAUCAUCCUGUCUUUUGAGAACCACGUGGACUCACCAAAGCAGCAGGCGAAGAUGGCAGAGUACUGUCGGUCAAUAUUUGGAGACGCAUUACUGACUGAACCUCUGGAAAAAUAUCUUCUGGAGUCCGGUGUGCCGCUCCCCAGCCCACUUGAGCUGAUGGGGAAAAUCCUGGUGAAGAACAAGAAGAAACACCACAAGACAAGCGGGAGUACCAAGAAGAAGUUGUCGGAGCAAGUUUCCAACACCUACAGUGAUUCUUCCAGUGUGUGUGAGCCCUCGUCCCCUAGUGCAGGUUCAACUAAAGAGGAGAUUGCGGAUUCUUCUCAGGCCUCCGAGGGCGCUGAGCUCAGCCUGAGGCCGCAGGGCAGAAAGUCUAUCGGUGAGGUGGAGGCAGAAAGUGAAGAUGAAGAUGACGAUGAUGAUGACUGUAAAAAGGGCUCAAUGGAUGAGGGCACAGCAGGCAGGGAGGCAUUCGCCACAGAGGAAAUGUCCAACCUGGUCAUCUACAUCCAGCCAGUCAAGUUUAACAGCUUUGAGGCGUCCAAGAAGAUCAACCGCAGCUUCCAGAUGUCAUCCUUUGUAGAGACCAAAGCUUUGGAGCAACUGACCAAAUCCCCUGUUGAGUUCGUGGAAUACAACAAGCUUCAGCUGAGCAGGAUCUACCCUAAAGGCACUCGAGUGGAUUCAUCCAACUACAACCCUCAGCUCUUCUGGAACGCUGGCUGUCAGCUGGUGGCUCUCAAUUUCCAAACCAUUGAUUUGUCCAUGCAGCUGAACCUGGGCAUGUACGAGUACAAUGGGAAAUGUGGCUACAGACUCAAACCGGAGUUUAUGAGACGACCUGACAAACACUUUGACCCUUUUACUGAGAGCACAGUGGAUGGGAUAGUAGCCAACACACUGUCUGUCAAGAUCAUCUCCGGCCAGUUCCUGUCAGAUAAGAAGGUAGGCACAUACGUGGAGAUCGACAUGUUCGGCUUACCAGUGGACACCAAGAGGAAAGCUUUCAAGACCAAGACGUCUCAGGGCAACGCCAUCAACCCUGUCUGGGAAGAGGAAGCCAUUGUCUUCAAGAAGGUUGUUCUGCCCACACUUGCUUCAAUAAGGAUAGCUGUGUUUGAAGAGGGAGGCAAGUUCAUUGGCCACCGAAUCAUUCCUGUGUCAGCCAUCCGUCCAGGCUAUCACUACAUCAGCCUAAGGAAUGAGAAGAACCAGUCCCUGACGAUGCCAGCUCUGUUUGUGUAUGUGGAGGUGAAGGACUAUGUUCCAGACACAUUUGCAGAUGUCAUAGAAGCCUUGUCCAAUCCCAUCCGCUAUGUCAACCUGAUGGAGCAGAGAGCCAAUCAGCUGGCUGCUCUGACUCUGGAGGAGGGAGGAGAGGAGGAAGGUGAAAAGGAGGUGGAGCCAGGGAGCGACGCCCCUUCAGAGUGUAAGGUGGACCAGAGGGUAACGUCGCCUGCCGAGAACGGACUGAGCCACACGCCCAUCAUCGCCGCCAAACCCCCUUCACUGGUUGGCCAGACUCAGUCUGCAGGCUCUCUGAAACCAUCAGUGAAGAGUGAAGACAUCAUUCAGAGUGUUCUGACCGAGCUGGAAGCUCAGACUCUGGAGGAGUUGAAGCAACAGAAGGGCUUUGUUCGGGAGCAGAGGAAGCAGUACAAGGAGAUGAAGGAGCUAGUCCGGAAACACCACCGCAAGACCAGCGAGGUGAUCAAGGAGCACACAGCUCGUGUAUCUGAGCUACAGAGCCAGCAUCAGCGUCGGCGCUCUGCCCUGCAGAAGAGCCACAAACGAGAUGGUAAGAAAAGACCUUCUGUUUGUGUGUGGCUGUGUGCUCGCCUGCACUUGUCCAGCCGGUCCGAGCACUCUGUGUCGACCCUGGACCGGGAGCUGUGUGAGCUGGACCAAGAGUGCAGCCAGAGGCUCGCAGAGCUAAAGGAGCAGCAGCAGCAGCAGCUCCUCACACUGCGCCAGGAGCAGUACUACAGCGAAAAGUACCAGAAACGAGAACACAUCAAACAGCUGGUUGAGAAGCUGACCACUAUAGCAGAGGAGUGCCAGAGUGCUCAGCUCAAGAAGAUCAGAGACAUCUGUGAGAAAGAGAAGAAGGAUCUUAAGAAGAAAAUGGACAAGAAGAGGCAAGAGAAAAUCAAUGAAGCAAAAUCUAAAGACAAGAAUGUGACAGAAGAAGAGAAGCUGGAGAUCAACAGAUCGUUUGUCAAUGAGGUGGUGCAGUACAUCAAAAGGUUGGAAGAUGCGCAGAGUAAAAGACAGGAGAGACUACUGGAGAAGCAGAAGGACAUCCGCCAGCAAAUCUUAGAUGAAAGGCCAAAGCUACAGAGCGAUCUGGACCAGGAGUACCAGGACAAAUUCCGGCGGCUACCCGUGGAGAUCCAAGAAUUUGUUCAGGACAGCAGCAAGGCCAAGCAUAGCGACGAUGGCGCCCACGCGAACCUCGUCGCCUCCUCCACAACGGAGAAGCUCAACCACAAGGCGUCGCAGUCAGAGGACGACACGGAGGAGGGCUCGUCAGAGCGAGUUUACGACACAUCCCUUUGAGAGAUUUGACCUCAGGCGCUGGGCUUCACACUGGGACAGUGAUUGGUGGAUGUGUUUGUGGCCACACAUGUAUGAUGGGACUGCCCCCAACUUUGAUCCUAACUUUAACCAGGGGGAAGGAUUAGAUCAAAUCUGAGCCCGGAUCGGUGAGUAGAGGUCCUCUCUACGUAGAGUGCAGUCUUGUCCACAAAACCGUACUUUUUGUGUAUUUGUAUGUGACCUGUAUUUUGUCGUCUCUUUUGGCGCGGCCACAGGAUGUGUAACAAAGCACUAACCCCUUUGCAGGAAAUAACUUACUUGAACUAUUGCACAGAGAGAGUAGUUUGUUUUUAUUAUUUUCUUAUUAUCAUGAUAUUGACAGUAGUAGUAUUAGUAGUGAUCAGUGAGGUGUGUGGUACCAAGGUUCUGAAUUAUCCUACAGUGGUCAUUGUCAGUUAAGUGGAGUCAACUUGUACUGUAAAGAAGCCGCUGCAAAUUCAGCCUUUAAAGCUUCCAUCUUUAUAAGAUUUAGAUUCACCUGUCCAUAUUUGCACUGAAGGCUCACUAUGUAACGAUGUAACUCUUUAACCCAGAGGCACUGGUGGCUUGCUGGUUCCCAAUUUUGUUCUCACAGAACUAAAGCCCAUGUUUUGCUGCUAUUUCUGUUUUAAAACCAUCCAUUUUUAACCCUUAUUUGGUUUUGUAUGAUAUUUGGCAUUAUAAUAUUAUGGAGUGCUCUUUUGUCAUUCUUUCUUUUUUUUUAGCUUUUCUUUUUUAAAUUGGGCUAGUUUUUAAUACGUUUGUUUGGAUUGUGGGCAGCUAUGCCCAGAGAGGACGUGAAGGGAACGUGUGCUGUACAGUUUCUGCAUGUAUUUGACCAACUGUAAAUGUUACAGUAGCUCUGUAGCAGAGAUGUUUAUUAAAUGUAGAUCUAUUUUCUCUGAAACAUUUAAACUGAACCUGCAAAAUAGUGGACUCGACGUGGCUUGACACAUCACUGUGGCAAAAACUGAACGGGACUGAAACAAGAAGUUGUUAUCCGGCCCUGGCUAACACGUUGCUCAUUGUAAACUCCUUUGUCCCCUUGAAGUACAACUGUCCAACCAGGGCAUUCAAACAGAAGAGGAGGAUCCUGCUGUCGUUUUACAGAAACGACCUUCCUCUUAACAGUUCCCCUGUGUACCUACAGGGGAAUGUGUGUGCAGUUUCCCAGUACAGCAGAUGCACAGGACAACAGGAAGUAUAUCACGCAUUGGCUUUUUUCUCAAUAUUCACCUACAUUUGGUAGCUGUAGUCUGAAGUGGGGAAAUAGUUCCGCUUUUUUUAAGCAGACCCCAAACACUCAGUGUUCUCACGAAUAACUGAACGAUUUCCUCUUAAACACAUGAACCGUCCUUUCAGUAACCAUAAGGAAGUGUCUACUACUUCAUAACUGUCCAGUGCCAUUCAUCAACCCGUGGGUGUGUCAUUUCAUAUCAAAUCCUAUUUCAGCUGAGUUUCCUUUAAAAAAAAAAAAAAAAGGAUAACCUGACAUG